CGUCAAUCCGAUCGAGACUGGCCUUCUCGCAAUGCACUGGCCACCAAAUCAAAAGCAAACUCCUCUCCCCCUUGCAACCUAGCCCUGUACAAUCCGGGAACCAACGAUCCAACCCCACACGUUCAGCAGGUUUCCAAGGUUGCACCCGAAUGCGGCUAAUGUAGUCAAGGAUGAGGCUCUACGGGUUAACCGCAAUUCACGUCAUUGGCGUUCACAAGCUACCGUAGCCAAUAUUGGCUGUAACCACAGCAACCGGUGUUUACUACAUCAGCUCCCCAGAUCCUCAUCCACCCCAUGGAUCCCAUCACCACCAGCAUCCUUUUGCUAAGCGAAAGCACUUCACGUUGGAUCCUGGUGGCCGCCUAAGGAAGGUCUUCAUUCAUUCUUUGCAUUCUUGAUCAGCAACCAUGGGCCGCUGGCAGCCCUACCUCUACGAGCCUCAAAGGGACAUGGACGACUUCAACCCCAGGGCCGCCACCAUGGCAAGUCGCAUACCGCCUCCAGAGCCGAAGAAGCAGGAAGGACCUUUGAUCAACUUCAACCGGCAUCCGGAUAGCUACUUGAUCAUGCCGUACGGGAAGACAGAUAUCCAGCCCAUGAACCCCAAGACCAAGCUCUUCGUCGAUAUUGCGCGAUGGAUUCAGUUCUCUUUGCGCAUAUGCACACUCUUGGGCGCGAUUGGAAUCUUUGUUUGCAGCAUCUUUAUCAAAGGCAUGCGCGAGACAGAGGGGUACAUUUUGAGAAUAUCACCUGCCGUUGACAUUGUGAUCUGUCUGUACGCCAUAUACCAUCUCGUCCGCAACGCCAAAUCGCGACCACCUGGAAGCGCCGCUAGCUACCACUUCUUCGCGCUCGUGCUCGACGUCGGCUUUCUGCCCUUCUACGUUUUCACCGUGCUGAUAUCAUGGCGCAACUACAACAUGAACGUUGGCACAGUGGGACGCUGGCGAACAAUGUUCCCUACAAAUGAUGACGCGAAUAAGGUCCUGUUGACAACAUGGAUAACUGCCAUCGCCGUUGGAGGCAUACACCUGAUCUCUACAUUCGUGGACAUGUACCUCAUUGUUAUCUUCCGCAAGAUCUCCAAUAUGCCGCCCGACAUGAACCCACUUGAGGACAACUUGACAUCGCGCAGGAAGUCUAAGCACAAGUACAAGAACUCCUCUGUCUCGACUAUCACUCUGACUGGGGAGGAUGAAAAACGCUUCAGCGCUCAAUCAACGAUCGCAGGAGAUAGGAAUUCGCAAGCUGAUCCUCUACUCUCGAAGGAUGUACCGAGUCCUACUAAGACGCAAAUUGCGUUCUUGAAUACUCGAACGAACUCGGAAGCGACCUACUCUCCGCAUACGCCGAACUCCGCUCGUCAGUCAAGGGAGAGGUUUUCUAUGUACUCGCAGCCGCAGUCAAUUCACCACUCACAAAGUGUUAUCGACCAUCGAGACGACCUUCACAGCCAGCGCGAAGAUGACGACAAUCAGACUCUAGCACAGCGACAGUCUUUUCUUGCAGAACAAGCGAACAUUAAGAGGCACUCCAGGACUGACUCUUUUGUUCCGCCAUUGACAUCCCCAGUCAGGCAAAAUUUCUCUAGGCCCGUCGUCUCCCCCCGCAGUGACAAGCACAACACAUCUGGUGACCUUUCUCUCCAGAACAACAUCCAAGAGAAUUUGCAUACCGACAACUGGGUUGUGCACGCUGAGCAAGACGAUGACGCUGAGCAUGGGUCACAAUAUCUUGCACCAAAACAUUCGAUGUUCCCCUCGAGGAAGGGCUACAAUACGGUAUCUACUUACGAGGAUGUUUCAGAUCGUGAGGACGGGCUUGAACAGACAAUGGUUCCUCAACCACUGCGCAUGAACCCGCCUACACCACCGCCACCAACAUCACCAUAUGAGGAGGCAAGGAGCUCUCGUUCUCCCGCUUCUGGCCUCAAGAGAACUCAUACAACUACCUCAAUCUCCACAGAGGCUACGUUCAAUCGUUCAUAUUCGCAGUCGCGUUCUGGGACACCCAAGUCCCGGUACUAUGGCGACUUGAAAGCUGCAACCGAUGGCGUCAGGUCCGGGCAUUCUCCAGCGAACACACCAGGCUCAUCGCCAACAAAGCGAUCCUACAAGAACGAGCAGAACAACCUUCCUAGCGCAACGAAACAGUACAUGGCGAACUCAUCGAAUGCACCAAAAGACUUUGUCAACAAUUCGCCUUUCACGUUGGAGAAGAAGAGCUACACCAGCGUUCGACGCACUGGCGACGCCGGCUACACUGCCACAAAAGGCCAAUCGCCGCGCGUGGUGAGCAGAUCAGGAGUCGAUUACAUGAACCCUUACGAGUUCGACGAUUCAGACCUUGGCAUGCCGGGGCGGAGACGCGAUGUCAGUGGAAAGGUCGCGGAAGAAGGACGCGGCGGGGCAUGGGCGGGCAGGAGCGAUCACGGUUUGACGUACCGCAAGGCUAGCGGUGUUAUAUGAUUUAUUGUUUGAUGUUGUUAUGGAUAUCCCCUCGAGUUGCAACCGGCGUUAUAUUGGAUAGGUUUUAGGAUAAUCAUGAGGGA